GUGUGCCUCCUCUCUCCAAGCCGCCUGGAGGCGCGCGGGGAGUGGGCGCUGCUGGUCCUGGACCUCGGGGCCCGCGCCAUCACCCGGCCCUCGCGCUGCCCCGCGCCCCGGCAGGGGGGCCCUGGGGCCGUGGCCGGGUGGGCGAACCGCUACCUGUGGUGGCUCGCGGUGAACAGAAGUCGAAGAAGUUUUGCGACCUGCUCAGGCCGAAGCAGUUUUACGACCUGCCGAGGUGGUGCGACGGCCGGGGCUGGCCCGGCGCGAGCGCGGCCGAGGCGGAGCGGCGCGCGGCCGCCGCGGCGGCACGCGUGCGGCGGC